AAAGCGCCACGUCCGCUCAGCUGGGUGGGGCCCGGCUCUGGCAGGGCCCGCGGGGUCUGCAGUGCCCAGGGCUCGUUACAGUUGUUCUACCCUUCACGGCGCAGACAUGGCGGCUGAGAAGGACCAGCAGAAGGAUGCUGAGGCGGAAGGGCUGAGCGCCACGACCCUGCUGCCGAAACUGAUCCCAUCCGCCGCGGGCCGCGAGUGGCUGGAGCGGCGCCGCGCGACCAUCCGGCCCUGGGGCACCUUCGUGGACCAGCGGCGCUUCUCGCGGCCCCGCAACCUGGGCGAGCUGUGCCAGCGCCUUGUACGCAACGUGGAAUACUACCAGAGCAACUAUGUGUUUGUGUUCCUGGGCCUCAUCCUGUACUGCGUGAUGACGUCCCCCAUGCUGCUGGUGGCUCUGGCCGUCUUCUUUGGCGCCUGUUACAUCCUCUAUCUGCGCACAUUGCAGUCCAAGUUUGUGCUCUUUGGCCGAGAAGUGAGCCCUGCCCAUCAGUAUGCUCUAGCCGGGGCCGUCUCCUUUCCCUUCUUCUGGCUGGCUGGUGCAGGCUCGGCUGUCUUCUGGGUCCUGGGAGCCACCCUUGUGGUCAUCGGCUCCCAUGCCGCCUUCCACCAGAUCGAGGCCGUUGAGGGGGAAGAGCUGCAGAUGGAGCCAGUGUGAGGUGUCUUCCAGAACCUGCCAGCCUCCCGAGCCAGCUGCCCCAUCCCUGUUCACCCCUGUCCCGCAUGGCUGUGCUGCUCUAGCCAAAGGCCCCCCUCCCAUCACAAGCCUAGGGAGGGAACCAGCUUUGGAAAUAAAGCUGUUUGUAGUUGUCAUUCAGCACAUAA